CAUUAAACCCAACAACUCCUCGUGGGGUGGCCCUGUCCUCUUUGCUCACAAAGUGGAUGGAACUCUUCGUCUCUGCAUUGACUAUGGCGGUUUCAACCGCUACACGGUUAAGAACAACUACCCCAUGCCUCAUUCCGACGAGUUGUUCGACUGCCUAGCAGGCAACCGCUUCUUUACGAAGAUUGAUCUUCGUAGCGAUUACCAUCAAAUCCGCGUCGCGGACCAGCCGAAGACAGCGUUCCGAUCGCGCUUCGGCCACUACGAGUUUACGGUGAUGCCAUUCGGCCUCACCAACGCACCCGCUACCUUCCAGAGGGCGAUGAACGACAUCUUCAGGGACAUCCUGGAGCAGUAUGUUCUCGUCUACCUCGACGAUAUCCUGAUCUACAGUCGUACCCUUGAGGAGCAUCUCAGACACCUCCGCGGCGUCCUUGACCGCUUGCACAGACAUGGCUUCUACGCCAAGCUGUGCCGCUUUGCCCAACACAAAGUGGAUUUCUUAGGACACUACGUGUCUGACCAGGGUCUCCACAUGGACGACGCGAAGAUCACUGGUAUUGCGGAGUGGCCCGUCCCCACAUCCGCUAAGCAGCUUCGCAGCUUCCUAGGACUCACUAGCUACUAUAGUAAUUUCAUCCAGGGAUACGCUAGGUAUUCCUACGUCCUUMCCUCCMCCCUCCUCCGGAAGAACCCGCCAUGGGCUUGGACACCCCUCCACGAGGACGCCUUCCGCGCCCUCAAGAAGGCGGUGACAUGUGCACCGGUUCUUCACCUACCCGAUUUUGAUCGCCCUUUUAUCCUUACCACCGAUGCGUCAGACUUUGCUAUAGGAGCAGUGCUUUCUCAGAUUUUCCCCUCCUCUCCUGAUUCCUUUCAUCCUCGCAUCCCUCGCUUCCCACCCCCUACCCCUACCACUGCUUCGCGCCUGGCGCCUACUCGUCCAGCUACCGACGAACCUUCUAUUGACUAUUCUCCUACCAUCGCUGAGGACGGCACUGUCGAGUCUCGCUCAGGUUAUUGCCCGAUAGCCUUCUACUCCCUUCAGCUCUUGCCCGCCGAGAUAAACUACACCGCUGAUGAACGUGAGGUUCUCGCAGUAGUUUAUGCUGCUCGGCACUCGCGUCACUACCUCCACGGGGCACCAUCCACGGUGCGCACGAACAACUUUGUUGUCUCGGCUUUUCUGACAAAGCCGAAACUCACUCCUCGACAGGCUCACUGGUGGUGCGACCUAUCCGAGUUUAGUUUCACCACUGAGCACAUCAAGGGUGAGACUAAUCGAGCCGCAGAUGCCUUAUCCCGACGCCCUGACCAUGAUCAGGAGCAGAUCCAACUCGCUGCCAUCUCGGUCACCACCGUCCACCACUCGGUGAUCGACGCAUUUCGCACUCAGUACCACCACUGCCCCGACUAUCGCGACAUCCAUGCGACCCUUCAGAGUGGCAAGACCGUCCUGAACUACUCUCUCGGGGACAACGGUCUUGUCUAUGCCAUCAGUGCACGUGAGGUCGUCGACAUUGUGUUUGACCGAGUCGUGCGUAACCACGGCUUACCUCUGAGCAUCAUGUCUGACCGUGACCCGCGCUUUACCAGCCGAUUCUGGCGAUGGCUCCACGAGGUUUACGGCACCCAGCUCCGCUUCUCCUUGUCUUACCAUCCCCAGACUGAUGGUCAGACCGAGGUCACGAACAAGACUCUCGGAGGUAUUCCUAGAAAGAUUGUUCGUGACGACCAGCAAUGGGAUCUCCAUCUUGCCCACGCGGAGAUAGCCUACAACCACGCCGUCUCGCUAGCCACAGGGAUGUCACCUUACUAUUGCGACCUCGGCUAUCACCCUCAUGUUCCCGCGGACUUCCUUCGACCGUCACAGAUGCACCCCAACACGAGUUGUCCCGCGCUGGAUGAUUGGGUUGCAUACAUGAUGUCGAUCAUGAAGACCUCACAUGAGCACAUAGCCACUUCCGAGACUCGCAUGGCAGCACGUUCGAACCGAUCGAGGAUGGAUCAUCCAGUCAAAGUCGGUGAUGAUGUGCUUAUCGACGCCCGCCACUUACAACUCGAAGUGGACACGCUUCGCAAGUUUCGGUGUCGCUUCUUUGGCCCAUGCCGCAUUCUCCAGGCCGUCGGUUCUGAUACGGCUUCUAGCCCGGUCAACUUCCGUGUAAAGCUGUCUGACUACCUACGCCAGGCUCAUGUGCACGAUGUCUACCACGUCUCGUUACUGUGUCCCUACCGCAGGCCGUCUGAGCGUUUCGCCGGACGACCAUACGAGCGCUCUCCACCCAUCAUGGUGGACGACCACGAGGAGUUCCUCGUUUCAGACAUCAUUGGUCGUCGGCUCACCGACGACAACCCUCCUCAUGUCGAGUAUCUCGUACGUUGGAAGGGUUACCCUGAUGAGGAGGCUACUUAGGAGCCCCUCGAGCACUUGCAACACGCUCGCAUGUUGGUGCAUGCCUAUGAC